CCCCCCCACCCCCCCCCCCCCCCCCCCCGCCGCCCCCAAAUGGGCAAUUGCCCAUUUCAUUUGGAGAUUUGCCCAUUGUAAUUUUUAUUAGUAAGUUUUUGCCCAUUGAAAUUUACUUGGGAGGUAUACGCAUGAAUUUUUUUUCGUAUAACGUUUAGUAAGAUAUAUGUAAGAGUAGACAGAAUUAUUUGUUUAUUUUCGAAUUAGAUAGUAAAUGUAUUUUUUUUCUUCCGUCUGAAUCCAACAUACACUCUUUGCUUCUUCUUUCUGUGAAGAAUAAGAAAAUACAGAAGAAAAGAAUCGCUCUUGUAUUUUAACUUAUGCAUAUUUUUUUCCUUGCUCGUCCAUGUGUAUGUGUCUACUUUUAUAAUACGUUCAGUCUACUGUCUUAUCAUUUUCGAAUCGAAUCGACAAUAAUAAGCUAUAUACUAAGCUAUGUCGAAUGAAAAGCGACCCAAUACGUUAUUAAACUAUAGUUUUUCUUCCAAAAAAAUACGUACUGGUACUAAAAAUUUAACACCAAAUUCAAAUACACCUGCCACUACUACAAUUGCAGCUACAACGACUAAUGAUGAUUCCAGUUUGUUUUUAUCCAGUGAUCCUGAAGAUUUAGAUCAGUUGAGUGACGAAGUUAAUUUUGGCGUCGAAAGUAAUGAAUUGAAAAUGACUAAUUCUCCACCCGACACCAAUACAAAUGAUAUCGGUUAUCAUGUAUCAAAUAAACUGUCAAUUGAUGAUCAUUUGAAAUAUUCUUUAUUAACAAAUCAUUUUAAACCCGAUAGAAAAUAUUCAUUUCCAACGCUAUGUUCAGAUGAUCAUAAACAUUCUCGUCGAUUCAUGAUCAAUUGGUUAAUCGAUAAUUCAUUUCUUGUUUAUUCACCGUAUAUUGAAGGUAGUUAUUGCAUAAAUUGUGUAUUAUUUCGUAACUUACAAGGGCAAAAAUUAGAAUUAUUUGUCGAUAAACCUUGUCACCGAUACAAACAUUUGAAACAUUUCACUACUUCAUUGAAAAGUCAUAUGAAUUCACAAUUUCAUCAGAAUUCGACAGUUGCUACCGAUAAUUUUAUACGUACAUAUAAAGAUCCAUCGUUAUCAAUUUUAUCGUUAAUUGAUAAAGACAGAAUUGAGAAAAUCAAUCGUAAUAAAGCAAUAUUAGCAUCAAUUGUAAAAAUAAUAAUUACUUGUUCACGUCAAAAUAUUCCUCUCCGCGGUCACAGAGACGAAACAAUAGAUGAUGUAAGAAAAACUAUAAAUGUAAUUGAUUCUCAUUCAGGUUCAAAUUUCACUGCAUUGUUAAAACAACGUAUCGAUUCCGGCGAUGAAAUUCUUCGUGAACAUGUUGAACGUGGAUCAAAAAAUGCAUUCUACACAAGUCCGUUAGUUCAGAAUGAAAUUAUUGACUGUAUACACAAAUAUAUUUUGAACGAAAUUUUGCAUCGAGUAGAAAAUUGUUUGUUUUCUAUCAUUGUUGAUGAAAC